CGGUUGGCGGUUCCGGGUUCGGCGGGGGCCGGUUCGGACUCCGCCGCCGGCCGAGGACUGGGAUGAGAGGAGGCCGGACAUGGAGGAGCUCGCCGACACCAUGACCAUGGAAGCCAAGGAGGUCACCUUGGCAAACCACAGCACCACCUUCAAGAGCUGCCCGGGGCCGCCGGCGGGGUUCCCCGGGGACCGGCCCUCGUGCCGGCCUAACCAGGUUUUCCCCACCAGGCCCGGGAAUGUGGAUCACUCCUUCCCCUGCUCCGGCCGGAAUGCCGCCGCCGCCUACACCGCCAGCUAUUACCCAGACCGCCCGCCCGCAGAGAGUUUCCGGGGGUCCGGGGAGGCCGGGACGUUUGGACAGAGCGCCAACGGCCAGGGGAGAAGCUCCGUCCCCGCCUCGGGCUCGCAGAAACCGAGGACCAGCCGCAGCCUCUACCUCGAGGCCCGCAAGCCCCCCAGCGGGACGUCCAACGCGUUCGGAGGGAAGGCGAACCACCACCCGCUCGUGUCCGCCUACGAGAAGACCUUCCCCAUCAAGCCCGUCCCGAGCCCGUCCUGGUCCGGCUCCUGCCGCCGCGCCCUGCUCAGCCCCAAGAAGACGCAGAAGCGCUUCAUCAGCACGGCCGAAGAGACGGUCCGCGAAGAGGAAAGAGAAGUUUACAGACAGCUGCUGCAGAUGGUCACUGGAAAACAGUUCUCCACCUCCAAGCCCCCCACGCAAUUCCCCCUCCACCUGUCCCGCUGCCUCAGCUCCAGCACGAGCGUGUUCAGAGAGCCGCCGGCCAAGAGCGCGGACCCGGGCCCGGCCCCGCCCCGCGUCGGGCCCGACCCCCGGCCGAACCGGCCCGCCGACGCUGGGUCGCCGCCCCCGCUCGGCGUCCCGUACCCGGCCUCGUCCUACCCCCCAGCCGCCUUCGAACCCAAGGAUUCUGGGAGCUGCCCCCAUCCCCCCCACCGCCCCGCCCCGGCCCGGCCCAACCACGUGCCGGCGUUAAACGCGCAGUCCGAAGGGUCCGACUCGGUCAUCGUGCUCCAGGUGAAGGAUCCGAAAACACCCACUUCCAGCCUCCCCUUCUUCCAGGCCGAGCUAUGGAUCAAAGAACUAACCAGCGUCUACGACUCCCGCGCCCGGGAGCGAUUGCGCCAGAUCGAAGAGCAGAAGGCCCUCGCCCAGCAGCUGCACGAUCAGCGGCUGCAGGAGCGGGAGCACACCGUCCAGGGCUCCGUCGACCUGCACCUGCGAGUGCCCCUGGAGAAGGAAAUCCCCGUCACGGUGCCGCCGGAGGAAGAGAGGGAGGACACGAGGUCGACGGACGGCGAGGACGAAUUCCCCGAGAUCACCGAGGAGAUGGAGAAGGAAAUCAAAAACGUGUUCUGCCACGGCAACCAAGACGAGGUCCUGAGCGAGGCCUUCCGCCUGACCAUCACCCGGAAAGACAUGCAGACCCUCAACCACCUCAACUGGCUCAACGACGAGAUCAUUAACUUCUACAUGAACCUGGUAAUGGAGCGGAGCCGGGGGAAAGGGGUGCCCAGCGUCCACGCCUUCAACACCUUUUUCUUCACCAAGUUGAAGACGGCCGGCUACCAGGCGGUCAAGCGGUGGACGAAGAAAGUGGACGUGUUCUCCGUGGACCUCCUCCUGGUGCCCAUUCACCUGGGCGUGCACUGGUGCCUGGCGGUCGUCGACUUCAGGAAGAAGUACAUCACGUACUACGACUCGAUGGGCGGGGUCAACACCGAGGCCUGCAGGAUCCUGCUGCAAUACCUGAAGCAGGAGAGCCUGGACAAGAAGAGAAAGGACUUCGACACCAACGGCUGGCUGCUGUUCAGCAAGAAGAGCCAGGAGAUUCCCCAGCAGAUGAACGGGAGCGACUGCGGGAUGUUUGCUUGCAAGUACGCCGACUGCAUCGCCAAAGACAGACCCAUCAACUUCACCCAGCAACACAUGCCGUACUUCCGAAAGCGGAUGGUGUGGGAGAUCCUCCACAGGAAGCUACUCUGAGCCGCCGGGAAGCGCGGCCCCGCCGAACAGACCCCCCCGGGGGCAGACGGGGGCGGGCGA